AUGGAGAGGAGCGAGUUUUACGAAAAGUACCAGGAGUACUACGAAAAUGACAUUAACCAAAUUCCGCCGCUAAUUGAGGGUAUGGGUAUCGAGCUGUACGAUCUGUAUUUGAGCGUGCUGAGUCAUGGAGGAUACUCCUGUGUUAGCCGAAAUUCCAAAUGGGUUAAAAUAGCAAAGGAGUUUGGACUCAUCAAUAAAGAAAAAAAUAUAAAGCUAAUAGAAGACACGAAAUGCAUUAAGGAGUACUACCUGACGUAUCUGAGAGAGUUCGAAAGGAUCCAUGACAACAUAAAAAAGGGAAAGGUAUCCCCGAAGAAGACUCGAGCAGGAAAAGCACCCAGCAGUUUCGACCCUAGGUAUAAUAAAAAAAUAUCUAUUAGUAAAGCUAACAAUAAAAAGGUGAAGACAGAGACACAUGUUCACAAUUUGAGACGCCCAGGACAGCUAGGUGGUGUAAACAUCCCCGGGGGGAUGGUACAUCCGGGGGUCAUUAACAACGUGGAUCAUUUAAUGGCAACUGGGAAAGGGUCCUACAAAUCGUUGCAUACAUAUGGUAGUAACGGAAGCGUGAAUCCCACAUACAUGGAUGUGUAUAAUAUGAGCAGCCCCACAGGUAAGGUGUGGAAAGAAAACUCCUACCAAAAGGGGAAUGCCUACUGCUUGGAGGACUAUCUCGAUGGGAGUGCAAAUUGGUAUGGUGGGGAGAGCAUGAGGGCCCAGUUGAGCAUGAGUAGCAGUCGAGUUGAAAGGAGCAAAAGCAGAAGUAGCCACAAGAAGGGGGCCACUAAAAAGCGUAGCCUUAAGACUGAAGGGGAUUUCACCGAGUCGGACAUGCGUCCGAUGAACCUGGGGGAUUUUAACCUCGCCAACUAUGGGGCCUACGGGAAUUAUGCAAACGGGGGAGGCUUCCCAGGCGGGGCAGGCUUCCCAAAUGGAGGAGGCUUCCCAAACGGGGCAGGCUUCCCAAACGGGGGAGGCUUUCCAAACGGGGGAGGCUUUCCAAACGGGGCAGGCUUCCCAAACGGGGGAAGCUGUCCGAACUACCACGUGAAUUCUUUUUACGACAUGAAUGGCGGUGCAGGAGGAUAUUACUACUACGGUGGAGAGUUGCCCUAUGGCGUCGCGGCACCCUGCGAACCGAACAGUUACGUGGAUCCAUGCUCACCCAACAGGGGAAAGUACCUUUAUAACCAUCAAGCGCUCAGUCUGAACGAGUUUGGUGCAGGGGGAGGUACAGUAAACAGAGGUGCAAACAUGGAGAAUUGCUUUUAUAACUACGGAGGAGUCGGCUUUGUUGGGACCCCUCACACGCUUGACAACUCGCUGGAAGGUUAUAAUUAUGUGAGCGCAUCCCCCCGAGGAGGUCUCAUUUCGAGCGGCAUGGGAGGUUACGUCGGCAAUGGAUCGAAUGGCCUGAAUGGCCCGAUUGGCCCGAAUGGCCCGAAUGGCGGUGUGCGCCAGGGGGUGAACUACGGCGUGAACUGCGGCGUGAACGUGAAUUACGGCUGCAACUAUGGCAGCAAUUACGGAAGCAAUUACGGAAACAAUUACGGAAGCAGUUACGGAAGCAACUAUGGAGUGAACUACGGCUGCAAUUAUGGAGGGGACUACUACCAGGGUUACUACCCCCCCUAUGACGGAAACGUAAAAUGGAAUCCCUUCGUAGGAAACGCAAAUGAGAAAUUGAUGGUUGGAGUUGGAGGAUCGACGAACCUAUUCGCGUUGGAAGGAAGCUCCCCAGGUUCAUUGCCAUACGGUCUACACAUAAGGAACGAUAUCAACAUGGAUGGGAAGAACUGCAUAGAUAUAUACAGGAUUCUAUUAGGACUAAACAAAAGAAAGGAAAAGGUGGCAGACUUCAUAUUUUGUUUGAACGUAUUGUAUACCAUAUCUGUCAUGAAUGAUAUGUCCCUAUCAAGGAUGCAAAUAAAAAUAAUUAUAUGUAUGCUUUUGCAAGUGUUGGAUGAAAUGCUUACCAUUUUUUACUCCAAGUUGAGUAUGAAGGACAGGGCAUUGGAUAUUAUGAUGAAAAGUUUCACAGAUUAUUUAUCAGAUCAGAAUGGAUGGAAAACUACAAAGGGGAAUGUAACUUUAGGUAGUGAUAAUUACAAUAGUUUGGUGACUACUGGGGAGGGUAGUAAGUACCUCAUGGGAUGUGUCGUAUGUUCUGCAUCGGGAGGAGAUAAUUUGCACUCUAACGGAGGAGGAGUAAAUACUGUGCAGGAAUCUUCCCAAGGGGGGAGGAGUGCCAUCAUGGGGACGCUGAUAAGUGAGAAAGUAAACGUUAGCGAGAUCGCGCGUUUGUACUUGUCCUACAGUGGAUACUGCCGUGAUAAGAGGCGGAAAAUCAGGCACGCAGGCAGGUCGGCCGGGGAGAUGAAAAGCCGGUCAGAGGUGAGUCACGCGGCAGAGGUGAGUCACGCGGCAGAGGUGAGUAGCGCGGCGGAGGUGAGUAGCGCGGCGGAGGUGAGUAGCGCGGCAAAGGUGAGUAGCGCGGCAAAAGUGAAUAACGCGGCAGAGGUGAGUAGCGCGGCAAAAGUGAAUAACUCAGCAGAGGUGAGUAACGCGGCAAAAGUGAAUAACUCAGCAGAGGUGAGUAGCGCGGCAAAGGUGAGUACCUCAGCAGAGGUGGAGAACCCGUCGGGGGAUUCCUCCCCCGAGGUGGGAACCAGCACGUCCGACGGCGGCAGCGACUGGGAAGAACCCCCCCCCUGGAGCUCCAACCCCCCCAGCAGUGUGAACAGCUCAGACAUAGAAAAUUUAAUCAUGGGAGGUACUACAACCACCAAGGGAGAAAAUCAAAGAGUGGAGAGUCUAUACAAAGAUAAAGAAAAAUCCAAAAAAUCUCUCAUAAAAAAAAGUAGUCAAGAAUUUGUUUUCCUCAUUUUAUAUAUAAUGAAUAAUAUUUUUCAAACGAGAAAAUAUAACCUUUAUUUUUGUGAUAAAAAAAGUGAGUACGUUAGGGAAGGCUUGGUAGGGGAAGAGAGAGGAGAGUACAUGGAAAGGUGUAGAAGUAGGGGGACAACACACAUGAGUGAUACCUUUGAUAAAAUGGAUAGUGGUAAGAUUAAAGAAAAUUUCAAGAGGGAAAAGAUCAUAGGGGGUAAUUCCACAUGUGAUGAUAUGCCUGAGGAGACUAAAAUGAACGAAGUGUGCAAGGAGAACCAAGGGAUUAAUAAUAUAAAUAGGAGUGAUAAUGAUAUAGGUGAAGCGAGUGGGAAGGAUGACUUGGGGGACCAUUGGACAGGGGGAAAUCAUCAUGUGUUUAGUAGAUCUGUCGAGAAGGAGUUUUGGUCAGACGACUCGUCUGAUUUCUCAUCAGGUUGUAGCUUGUGUAGUUAUAAAAAGGGGGGCGUCAAAAAGGAGGUUACUCCAAGUAGGGGCAUAACUAGGGGGUAUGCCAAAAUUCUGAGCGUUAAGAAAAAAAUGAUGGAAGGGGGGGGGGAACUCAUCGGGGAAGGUAUUCCCGUGAGUGUGAAGAUACAGGGAGAUGAAGAAGAGAGCACCACUAAACUGUAUGACAAGGGGGAAGCGGCAGGUGGGGUUGGUUGGACGGAGCAGGUAGCCACUACGCUGUUUCUCAAAGGGGACGCAAAGUGGCCGAGUGAGGAGGCGAAGUGGCUAAACGAAGAGACCAACAGUGAGGUGCCCUUCGUGGCUGACGAUAGGCUAGCUCGUUUAGGAAGUGGAUCCAACGGUGAUGUCGACCAACAGGUGAGGGACAACGUAGAGUUGGGGGAAGCACAUGUAGUGAGUUGCACAAGGGAGGAGAAGCUAUACCCAGAAGGGGGUACCUUGUGCGAUGGUAAUUCCCCCAUUAACGGUUCGAAUGAAGCGGCAAAUGGAGGUGCGGAUGUGAAAAGCUGCAUGAGUAGGCAGAAUAACGAAACGGUUUGCGGAAAUGACGGUUUUGCAAAGGACAGGAAGGUGAAGGAAGAAGGGGGUAUUAUUGCAAAUAGGGAAGUAGGCGAACGAAAGGAUGACCCACCCGUUCAUAAGGACAACAAUGGGGCUACCCCUAAUGGUGGCAGCGGUAUGGAGAUGCAGAUGCACCCCUUGGAAGGUGGCACUACUUCGAGUAUCCACCAUUUAAGUGACAAUCAGAGCGCAGAAAAUUACGGUAUAGGGGGGGUGGACCACACGUGUGAUGCCGCUGCGGUUUCUCAUGUAGUUAACAAAGAAGGGGGUGAGGGAUCUUCCCCUCGGGAGAUGAGCAAGAGCAAUUACGGGGUGUACCCGGAUCUGGGCAUGGUUGAAAUUAUGGCGCAGGGUGUGAAUGACCCCGUUUUGGUGGGAAGCACGUAUAACAUGACUAGUCACGUGAACCCAUUGGGAGGCGGUCAGGUAGGUGGUGAGCAAUUCGAGAGGACCUACAACGGUCAGGGGAGCGGCAUCCCCUUUUGGGGAAGCCCACACGGCCAGGAUUUCCCCGCAAAUUACGAUGGAGUAGUUCCCAAACGUAACAACGGGGUGGUAAGCGGCCUUUACACGCCGAACGAAGAUGCUGGAAGGAAUGGCCUUCCCAGGGGAGACACCCAAAUGAGGAAGCAAGAGGAAGUGAUGACACCGAGUGAAGCAAUCAGGAAGGAGACUAACCUGGUGGGAAAUGUGGAAUGUGGGAACCAGAAUGGGAAAAUCAAUGAGGAGAAAAUUUGCAAAAAGUGUGGCAACGCACGCACACACACGGAGAGGCAACACAACGAGCAGAACGAGCAGAACGAGCAGAACAGCGAGCAGAACAACAAGCAAGAAAUGAAAAAAAUUUUUAAAAAUAUGAAAAAGGAGGUAUACGAAGAAAUGAAAAAAAUAUUUAAAGAAAAAAAAUAA